CCAGAUCCUCUGUGCGUGUGAUUCCGUCGUAUAAUAGGGACACUCAAUGUUGUACUUGCUAGGCGACUAAACAAAUAGGCAAUAAAAUUCCCAAGGAGAGUUGACGUCAGGCAGGUAAUAGGUAAAAUCACAGCCUAAUCUCCAAUUCUCAGAUCGGGGCAGGUUAGAUUAGGUUGAUCCCAUUUCGACCGAAACGUGGACGCUCUUUCUAUGGCCAUAAAUUCCUUAGGUAUUUAAUACCAAUUCCUCAUAGGCGAUGGGGGUAGCAACCUGUCAAUAUGUCAGCAUCUCAAUUCUGCCAACGCUAACUAAACGUGGCCUUCCAGUUUCUCAACUCUUGGCUCUGUCUACUUCGUGAGAGAUAAAAAUAUAAGUUGUGUCAAAAAUAUAGCGAGCAUUCCAGGCCUCAAUGGUAAACAAUUAUCGAACUAAGAAAUAGCUAUUCAGCAUUGUGCAUUUGGGAUAUUUCACAAUGUCAGUGACCCGGCCGCUCCAUUGUCACCGAACAAUAUACAAGGGGCGGCGGAAAUAGUAAACAAUUAAUAAAAACAGCAUUAGAAACGGCCAUUUCCAGUUUGGAUCGAAGACACCUGCCGUCUACACCUCAAAAUGAUACUCCUAAUAUUAUUAAUGUUAAUCACGCGAGUUUAUCCCGAGUUGCAGGUGAAACAUAGCAUGUACGUGUCCAGGAAGUCCAGAUCAUAUUCGUCACCAGUUGGAAAAACCUACUAUUUUGGUGACUACGAUAGUGAAUAUAAACACGGGCCUGAAAUUCAGGCAGUGACCGGUGACUUUCAAGGCAAAUCCUAUGAUAUCGACGCCGACACCGUGGAUCACCGUCGAUACAUUCCAAGUUAUACAUACUUCACUGCGACGGAACCAUACAACGAACAUUUGAGUGCUAUCACAUAUACUACUCCGCUGCCACCGACGCCGCCACCAAUGCUGCCACUGCCGUCUGUCACCACUUAUCAUGAUGUUCCUCAUGAAGAACCGACUACGAAAUACGACAUUGACCUCGAGAAGAUAAAGGCAGAAGCGCGAUACAAUGCCCGGUAUCUCCCGGCCAAAUUUAUGUCAGAUGUAAUGUAUGAUAGACUGAAAUCCCUCAUGCAUUACAAACCAUAUUCCGAUCAUAAAAUAAAUGAAAUCGAAUUCGAUUACAACAAUAAGUACCACAGCGAUGAUGACAAUGACAUUAGAACAACUUCUAGAACUGGUAAUGAUAUUUUUCCCUAUUUCUACCACGGUCCAUACGAUUAUGUAUAUGACUCAAAUAUAGAUAAAGCAAAAGGUAGACGUUACUCGCCUGAAAAAUAUCACAAUGUGAUUCCCGUUCAUGAAAAUGUUAGUGAUAAUAUUCCACCUGAUUUUAAGUAUGAAAGUCCAAGUCUAGGUUGGUCAUCACAUACUGUUACAACAGAAGCUAACCCAGUAGCUGGACAUGAUGCUUUCUUUUCAUAUGUUUUAAAUGAUUAUUACGACAAAGCUAGUGAUGAGGAUCCGCUAAUAUUUAAUAUCGGUGAGUGGGGGAAAGAUAUUCAUUAUGAUACUAGUGUUUAUGAUGAUGAUAACCAAAGGUCAAGACGACAUAAAGAUAAAAAGAAUUUCCGUUAUCGUCCUGAUCCAAAAUAUAGACAUAAAGAUCCACUAAUAAUCCCAGGAGAUGUCACCAAAAAGUACCAUAAUAAAGAUAAUUACAGUUUUUAUACAACUCCAAGAUACAUAAGUAAAGAUUCCACAGUAGCUCAUGGAGAAUCUGUCAGCGAAAGGGGUCAUACAAAAAAUAAUGAAUUCGACAAUAGUACAAAAAGUCACGUGUUAAAAGCAAAAGACAAGAUUGGUUACGAUCACCAUAAAACAGGCUACAAAAGCUUUAAAGAUAUAGCAGAUUCCCUCGCACAUAAAUUUGGUUUAGAAAAUCAUGUCAGGGAUACAAGACAUGAAUUAAAACAAAACCAAGAUAAAGGAGAAAAUAGAAAAGGCUUUCAUAGAGUAUAUCAUAAGGAUGAAUACAUGGAAGACAAAGAAUUUUUCGAUAAUACCAACAGUAGCUCUCGUGGUGAAGAUACAGGUAAUUCAUCAAUUCGCAAUGGUGGAUCAGAAGCCAUAUUGAAGUCGCAGGCUGUCGCGAAUGUAGGGGAUGAAUCUAAUGCAAUUAGAAGGGUAGGAGAUCGAGAAAGUAAUAAAUCUAUAAGUAGUCAUAGUGGACUUAGCUCAUCGAUCGAUUCUGACGAUGCUUUUGAUAGAUAUAAGGAAUUAGCCAAGAAAACUGCACAGGGUAAUGAUGACUAUGAUGAUUGGUGAAUUAUGUUUCUAAGAUUAUGUCGCACACAGAAAAUGACAUCAAAUAAUUCUGUAUGUAGAAUGAAUGUGGCAUAUAUAGUGUUGUUAACGGUUCAUUUAUAGGAUCUUGACCCAGAGGCCAGAGUAGACCAUAUAGACGGGCAAAGUAGACGAAGAACUAAGAAAUAAGUGAUUUGAUUGUCAAUCUACGGCCACUGAAUCAGCUAAAGAUGUUUUCGGUUUAUGGAUAUCGUACCCACCCAAGCUAAAAUUUUUGCUUAUAGUUCUUUUUGUUAAUGCAUGGCUGUAAUUUUAUGACGAUUGUUAAUGCAAAUUGUUUAAGUUUUAUCUUUUUUAUGAUAUUUUUA